UAUGCAGUUCUACUAUUGAAAAGUAUGGAAAGUGCUCAAGCCAGAGGAUGGCCUGGAGGUCUCCCUCUACUCAUUCUUCACUUGCUGGAUGUAACUGGUGUGAGCAAGUGAAAGCGAACAUUUUUCGGGAGUGACUAUGUCAGGGGCAUUGAAUACACUCACAGAGGCAUACACUGACUCUGAGGGGGAGGAUGAAGGGGGUGCAGAUUCAAAGGAUAUUAAAGGCCAUUCAACUGGCUCCCCACAGCACACCAGCUCAGCCGGGAACAGCUCUGCUGCCUCUACUCCAUCUAAGGGAACACCCAGCAGCUCAAUGCGAAACAAGCCAUCAUUGGUGCCUGAGUACAUUGAUGCUGGCAUAAUUGAUGGAGAAGAGGAAGACCACAUCCCUGAAGCGAUGGACAUCUCAGAAGAAGAGGAAGAGAGUAUGCCUGCCAGUGAUCCUGAUGUUGCAGCUCAGCAGAGUGGGAGAGAGGAUAUUGAAGGUGAGAAGGGUGAAGGUGAGCAAGGUGAAGUGGAGGAUCGGGUUGUGACAGCAGAUCCUGUCAUCAUCAAUAAGGAUGGAGUGGAGGUGAGGCUCCCACCUGAGCCACCUGGUGAAUGCAGUGCCAAGCUCCUUGAAAAAUUCAGAAGGUUGAAUGAGAAAAAGGAAAGAGGAGCAUUGGACAUGAAUGACGUGAUUCAAAGGCGAAAGGACUUCCGCAAUCCAAGCAUAUAUGAUAAACUCCUUCAAUACUGUGGUAUUGAUGAGCAUGGCACUAAUUUCCCUCCUGAACUUUAUGAUCCUCACAGAUGGGGAGAACAUUCUUAUUAUGAUGAACUGGCAAGAGUACAAAAGCUUGAGAUGGAGAAGAGAGAGAAGGAACGAAAGGAAAGGACAAAAGUGGAGUUUGUUUCGGGGAUGGUGAAGAAAAUGGGAGUGGCCAGUGGAGGGAUCCCUGAAAAGGAGACAAAGGAGAGGCGAAGCAAGUGGGACCAAGUGGGCUCAAAACCACCUCUCAUCUCUAUGAUACCCCCUCCAGGACUUGCUAACAGACCCAUUGUCAUCCCUGCAUAUGGGGCCAUAAAGAAACCAAAAACCUUGCUGGUGUUGACACUUGUUAGUGGUUUUCUUAAUGUCCUUGAGAGGAACUUUGCUUGUAAUUUAGGAACCUGUUCCUCUGAAACUGAAUCAUCAAAAGUGCUGAGGAUGCCAGGAGCAGUUGAAUUCUUCCACCGUCACUCCAGCAGUUCAGGUCUUGAGGGUACUGCAGGAUUCACUCUUGUGAUGCCAUCUGUGUCUGUGGGGAAUGUGGGGCAGUUGAGCAUGGAUCUGAUCAUAGGAUCAGUGGUGGGGGAGAAGGUGGGCUGCCUCUACCAUGAAGCCAUUCUACCAUUUGCUGGUCCUCACCCUUUCCAGCUUCAUUCCACUCCCACUCUUUCCACCAGCUGUGAAGUGUAUAAGGACACUGGGAGGAAACUGCUUCUCCUCCAGAUCAGAUCCCCCAUCCUUCAGCACAAGAGGAAAGAGUUUGUGGAGUCCUUGAUUUCAUGGAUCAAGACUCUAAGUGUGGAUCGAAUUGUUGUGCUGACCAGCUGCUUUGACUAUGAGCGAAAUGACGAGCAGAUUCGUGGUUCCCCUCUUCGUUUCAUGGCCACUCCACCUACCCUCCAACAACGCCUUGAAAAGUACUGGAUCCUCAAUGUUCUCCUUCCAACUGCUAUAGACAUUGAGUUGUUGAUACUCUUUGUUGUUGGGGUCAUCCAGUGA